AUGGGGGAGGACAGGAAGAUGCCUGACACUGCGCACCGCAGGAUGCCUCUGGUGACCCUAGUGCGAACUUUCGGGGGCUUCAAGAUGUCUACCCCGCAGUCGCGCCAGGACCGGCUGCUGGCAACCCUUGACCCGUUAGCCUUGGGCAAGAGCUCAACGCCACAGCUGUUAUCAGCGCAGCAGCCGGAGCCGUACUACGUGCAGGAGGAUGUCUGGGGUGACCAGGAGCCCCUCUCCAAGAUCCCGUUUAAGAUCCUGAGUGGGCACGACCACGUUGUGAGUUCCUGCCACUUCUGUGUGGAUGACACAAAGCUCCUGAGUGGUUCCUAUGACUCCACGGUGAAGCUGUGGGACGCUUUUGGUGGAUCUGUGGAUCGGGAGUUUGAGAACGGGCCGGAAGCUCCUGUCGUAGAGUGCAGCGUCUCGGCUGACAGCAGAAGAGUUAUUGCAGCCUCCUAUGACAAAACCGUGAGGGCUUGGGAUGUUGAAACAGGUCAGCUGCUGUGGAAGAUCAGCCACAACAACUUCAUCGUGUCCUGCAAGCUUUCUCCUGAUGGCAAGUACGUGGUCUGCGGCUUGGAUGUGGACCGUGGACUCUGCAUCACGGACACGGAAAACAUGAGCACUGUGGCUCACAUCAAAGAUCACCACCAGAGGUCGCUCACGGCGUGCUGCUUUGAUCCCGACAGCCAGCGGGUGGCAUCUGUCUCGCUGGACAGGAGCAUCAAGAUCUGGGACAUCACCUCCCAGGCCACAUUGCUCACCAUCCCCAAGGCGCACGCCAAUGCUAUCUCCAACUGCUGCUUCACCUUCAGCGGCCACUUCCUGUGUACGAGCUCCUGGGACAAAAGCUUGAAGAUCUGGAACGUCCACACGGGAGAGUUCCGGAACACGGGGGCAUGUGUGACCCUCAUGAGGGGCCACGAAGGCUCCGUGAGCUCCUGCUUCUUUGCCAGAGACAGCUCUUUUCUGAUUUCCGGUGGGUUUGACAAGACCGUGGCCAUUUGGGAUGUAGGAGAAGGCUACCGGAAACUGGCCCUGAAGGGUCACAAGGACUGGGUCAUGGAUGUUGCCAUAAGCAGGGACAAGAAAUGGAUCCUGUCUGCUUCAAAGGAUAGGACCAUGAGGAUAUGGAAUAUUGAAGAAAUUGAUGAAAUUCCUCUGGUUAUCAAGUAUAGGAAGGCCAUGGGCUUGAAACUGCAGCAGUGCGAAGGGUGUGACAAGCCUUUCUCUGUCUUCGAGAGCGACUCCUCUUCCGAAUUGUUUACCAAGUGUGUGUUCUGCCGGAUGGAGGCGCGGGACUUGGAGAAAGAGUCUUCCUCAUUGUCAGAGGAGCGCAGCCAAGAUCACUGA